AAAGAUGUGAAUGGGUGUUGUGGCCGGCUGUCGGGCCAGGCUCAGUGAGCUCUCCAGGUGCUGCUACUGCUGGGCGAAGGGAGGGCACAAACACGCACAGGAUGAGAGGAGACGAUCCGCUCGCUGGCAUGAGGAACCUGAAACGGUUCAGCGAAAGAGCUACUGCCUGCAAUUUUUUCCUACUUGGGGCUGCAGACUUUCGCGAUCCAAAUGAUCACAUCCUCUCGCAGGAAGACUUCGACGAGAUAACCGACUUCAACGAUCUCCCGACCUCACUCUUUGCCUGUAACGUACAUCAGUCUGUUUUUGAAGAAGAACAAGCAAAGGAGAAAUUUGAGGCACUAUUCUUGGCCUAUGAUGACCAUGCCACAUUCCAACUGUUUAAAAGUUUCAGACGUGUACGAAUUAACUUCAGCAAUCCUAAAGUAGCAGCCCGUGCCAGAAUAGAGCUCCAUGAAACAAAGUUCAAUGGGAAAAAGCUAAAACUCUACUUUGCACAGGUUCAAAAUCAAGGUCCAGAUGGAGACAAUCUGCACCUUGCCCCUCCACAGCCAGCAAAACAAUUCCUCAUCUCCCCUCCAGCAUCACCGCCUGUGGGUUGGCAGCAAAUUGAUGAUGCCACACCAAUCAUCAACUAUGAUCUUCUCUAUGCAGUGGCAAAACUAGGACCUGAUAAUGGAAAACAGCUUGAGAAAACUGCCAUUGUGUAACCAAUAGGAUUCCUG